GAGUAGCCAUUUUCCUCGAACCGUGUGACAAGAUAAUCAACUUUACUCGCUUUCCAGAUCAACACGCAGAUUAAUAGGCAAUCACGAUGACGGAGAGACAAUUAGAUUGUGCACUUGAUUUAAUGCGCAGAUUACCCCCUCAACAAAUAGAGAAAAACCUUAGUGACCUCAUUGAUUUGGUACCAGCAUUAUGUGAAGAUUUAUUAUCCAGUGUUGACCAGCCGUUAAAAAUAGCCCGUGAUAAAACUGUAGGAAAAGAUUAUUUAUUAUGUGAUUAUAAUAGAGAUGGUGAUUCAUACAGAUCCCCAUGGAGUAAUAGUUAUGAUCCACCUCUAGAAGAUGGGGCAAUGCCCUCAGAUAGACUUCGCAAUUUAGAAGUAGAAGCUAAUAAUGCCUUUGACCAGUAUAGAGAAAUGUAUUUUGAAGGAGGUGUAUCAUCAGUUUAUUUAUGGGAUUUAGAUCAUGGGUUUGCUGGGGUCAUUUUAAUUAAAAAAGCUGGAGAUGGCUCUAAGAAAAUUAAAGGUUGUUGGGACUCAAUUCAUGUUAUUGAAGUACAGGAAAAAUCUAGUGGUAAAAGUGCCCAUUAUAAAUUAACAUCAACUAUUAUGUUAUGGUUACAAACUAAUAAAGAAGGUAGUGGUACCAUGAAUCUAGGUGGCUCUUUAACUAGACAGGUAGAAUCUGAUGCUUCAGUUAGUGAAGCUUCACCCCAUAUAGUUAAUAUAGGUAAAAUGGUAGAGGAAAUGGAGAAUAAAAACCGCACUGUAUUGAAUGAAAUUUAUUUUGGAAAAACAAAAGACAUUGUGAAUAGUUUACGUUCAUUUAAUACACUAGAAGAGAAGAAAAAGGGGGCAGCUUUACAGAAAGAUUUAGUUGCAGCCCUAGCAAAAAGAUCCCAAGCCCAGUGACACUACAAUAUUUUUAAAGAUAAGAUGUAUUAUAUUCCAAUUAUUUUUCAAUUAUUUGUCUAGCCUGCUGGUUUGAACUGUCUAAUGGCUUCACGAGAUUUCUACGCAUCAGGAUCAAAAUAUAAAGUAAUUGUGUGUGGAUAAAGAAUUAUUAUUUGAAGUUAUUAGAACCAGAAAGGUAGUUAUAGAUCAAUAUCAGUGCUAUAUAGAGGUACUUUCAUUCCAUAGCGUUAGUUACUCAAUCUUAAGUUUUUUUAAACAGUAAAUGAGAAUGUAAAGUGUGACUGGAUGUUCAGUACAUUCUUUUCGGAACUGGUUAAAAGAAUUCAAGCUGAUGAUAUGUUGAAAUGGAAGCACCUUUAUAAAAUUAUUUUUGCAAUUCAUCUUAAAAUAUAAAUAGUAUUCAUGUACCGUACCAAAUGCAACCAACAUGUGAACAAUUAUAUCGUAUACGAGACUUGAUAUCUUUAGGGUCCACUACUUAUUUAUAAUCAUUAUUACACUUCUUCAAUCUAUUCCAAAUCAGCAGAGAGUAACCAAAGCAUUCUAUGAAAAAAUUCAUUUCGAGCACAGUAGCACAUAAAUAACGUGUAAUUUCAACAAUGGUCUUUAUUAAUCAAUUGUAAAAAAGUCAUUUAAUAUGUACAUAUUUGCCUUCAGAGCAAUGUUUUCUAUUUUUCUGCUUAGCGCUGUUGGUAUAUUAUAUUAUUUUUCGUAAAAGGCCUGGUGCUUUUGUUAAAAUUGUAAAGCCGUUUACACCAUGAAAAACCAUGAGACCAAUCACAAUGAUGAUAAAAAACCUACUAGAAUGGAUUUAUUUAUCUGGCUUUGUGUUACUUUUUAUCAUUAAUAGAUGAAAAUAAAGAUACAAUGUUCUUGAAUGAUGGUUUCAAAGUAAAUCAUGUGCAUCUAAAUAGACUUUGAAUAGUAUUUCUUCUGCUUUGGAUGAAGUCUGCUUUUAGAUUUGGCUUCUAUUUAUUUAGUUUCUAUGUAGAGAAUGUUAGAUAUUAAAACACACAGUAUUUUAUUAUGGUUAUGUACAAAAUAUCAUGAGUCUUUAUUUGUGUUCAAAUUUGUUAUGAGGGUGGUGAUAUUCUGAGCCCAAUUUUUCAAAAAAUAUUAGGAUCAGUUUUGUCGUAAGUAUGGUAUUUCAAUAUGUAAAAUUCCACAGAUACGACAAAUUCAUAUAAGAUUUUUGACUCAUUGUUAACUCUUAAUUGUCUAAACCGGACGAUUUAAGCAGAGGUUAGGCAGACAUUUAAGCUCUUUUGUAUGAUGUCUACACACCUUUCAUUGGUCAUUGUAUUUGAGUAGGGAGAGCUUAUUUUCCCUUCAACUUGUGUUAAAGAUUAAGAGUCUGGCUGUUUCAGAUUAUUCAAAUGUAAAAGUGUCAUAAGAAUUGGGAAUGUAUUAACAUAGUGAUGUAUGUUUUGUUGAUUACUGACUCUAAAGAGUAGGAGAAGAUCAUAGAUUUAUAUAUAAAUCAUAUCUGGUUCAUGUUUCAAAUUAGGUCAAUCCCUGUCAAAUUAUUUUGGUUCAGUUUUUCCCCAGAUUGUGGAUUAUGAACAACUUUUUGUUUAUUCUAAUAAUGAGCUAUAUUUAUGAAAUUACUGCUUUGUUAGGAUAUGAAUGUUAUGUUAAAGAUUGUGUAGUUAUACUUGUCCUGCUCAAAACAAACAAUAUCCUUUGUAAAUAACCUUUCAUAUCACUUCUGUUGUAGUUAGAACAAUAACAGUUAUCAUAUAUAAAAUCAAUAUUUGUAAUGAAUCAUAAAAGGAGCUUAAAAUUGUUUAUUACUUAUUUUUAAAUCACAAUUGCCAGUAAUGAAAUAAUACUAAAGUAUAUAGUUCACUUGAAAUUGUGCUUUAACAUUUUGCAAUAAGAUAUUUGCAGUAGUGGAUUUGAUAGGUAUAUACAAAAUUUGUUACGAUGAUUCAAACUGUUACAAAGUAACUUAUUUAGGAAUGGCAAUUCCAAGGUUUAUAUUUUAACCCAACCAAAGAUUUGAUAUUGACGAUGAUUAAACUCACAUACCAUGCCAUGGUAGAGCUAUGUCCCUUUUCUCCUGUGAUGUCAAUGUCAAGGGAUUAAUGACAAACCUGAUUUUGAGAUAGAGAAGUAAAUUUAAUUAUGAGUGUAACUAUCAAUGGAAGUAAAAUGAUCAUGUAGUAUGAUAUUAAAUAAUAAAGAUAAUGUAAUUAUUAAGAUAACCAUUAAUAAAACCUGUAUAUUACUGUAUAUGAUUAUCAGAUUAAGUUUUAUUUCAAUAUAUUAUGCUAAUCAUUA